AUGUUUGGUGCUGGAGGUAAGAUAAUUAUGAAGCAACAAAAUAAUUAUGCACUUAUCAACUGAAAGCCAACACCCCCACCCCCGGGCCAAGGUGGGGGACAGCAUGUUUUGCCGUUGGGGGCUGGGGAUUUCUCAAGAUUUGUCAUGUUUUAUUUUUCUCCUACAGGACUGUAGGUGGGGGCUUUAAAAGUUUAAGUGCCCCCUCAUGGGGGUUAAUCACCAUUGUAGUUGACAUGAAGUCAAAUCCCCACCCUGUCCUGGGGGUGGGGGAGGGGGGAUUUCAGUUGAUAAGUGCAUAAACAAUAAGUUGGUCAUAAAAAAUUCUUGAAUCUGAUUGGUCAUCAGCAGCUAUGAUUUUAGCAGUGCAGUGUAACAUAAUAGGGUUAAGAAUGCUGGAGUAGAAUGUAGUGUAGCUUGCACACCAGAUUACAAUCAAAAGAUUAUAAUAAACAAUGCUGUGAUCUUAGAAAUUUUUCUUUUGUUGGGGGGAGAGAAAUAUGCUGGAGUAGAAUGUACAUAUUCUAAACACAGUAGUAUUCAUGGCAUGAACAAUUUAUGAAUCAAAGACAUGAAAUACCGUAAAAUUCCGAAAAUAAGGCCCGGGGCUUAUAUUUUUCAAAAGCCCUUUUUGAGGGGCUUAUUUUUGGAGGGGCUUAUAUGCGGGAGGGAAAUUUGCAUUUCAAAAUCGAUUGGGCUAGCCUUAUACACAAAUGUCCAGUGCUGGCCACAAGAUCCCUACUUUCCUUUUUCAUCCUUAGUUCCACACUUCUCAGAGGUGUGGAAGUGUGGAAAAGUCUGACAAAGUAAGGAUAUUGUCGCACUUUUCCCACAGGCACUAACCCCUUGUCAUUCUUUACUUAGUUCCAGACUUCUCAGAGGUGUGGAAGUGUGGAAAAGUCUGACAAAGUAAGGGUAUUGUCGCACUUUUCCCCCAGUCAUGAACCCUUUGUCAUUCUUUACUUAGUUCCACACUUCUCAGAGGUGUGGAAGUGUGGAAAAGUCUGACAAAGUAAGGAUAUUGUCGCACUUUUCCCGCUGUUAAGAACCCCUUGUCAUUCUUUACUUAGUUCUACAUUUCUCAGAGGUGUGGAAGUGUGGAAAAGUUUGACAAUGUCAGGAUAAUGUAACACUUUUCCCCUGGUCAUACGAAACCACUGUCAUUCUUUACUUAGUUCUACACUUCUCAGAGGUGUGGAAGUGUGGAAAAGUCUGACAAAGUAAGGAUAUUGUCGCACUUUUCCCGCUGUUAAGAACCCCUUGUCAUUCUUUACUUAGUUCUACAUUUCUCAGAGGUGUGGAAGUGUGGAAAAGUUUGACAAUGUCAGGAUAAUGUAACACUUUUCCCCUGGUCAUACGAAACCACUGUCAUUCUUUACUUAGUUCUACACUUCUCAGAGGUGUGGAAGUGUGGAAAAGUCUGACAAAGUAAGGAUAUUGUCGCACUCUUCCCCCGGUUAAGAACCCCUUGUCAUUCUUUACUUAGUUCUACACUUCUCAGAGGUGUGGAAGUGUGGAAAAGUCUGUGACAAAGUCAGGAUAAUGUCACACUUUCCCCUGGUCAUACGAAACCACUGUCAUUAUUUACUUUGUUCUACACUUCUCAGAGGUGUGGAAGUAUGAAAUAGUCUGACAGAGUCAGGAUAUUGUCGCACUUUCCCCCCAGUCACGAAUCCCUUGACAUUCUUUCCUUAGUUACACUCCUAUGUAUGAAAUGAGAAUAAAGCGCAGUGGGAGUAUUUGUUGGUUUUAUUCCUGCAACUCGUUUUACAUCUUUUUAAAUGCUAUUUUAAGUUUAGACAACAAUUCUAUGACUAGAAGAUAUUAGCCUUGUUUCACUGCCAUCUGUUUGAAUACCCGACCAGAAAACAAGCCUACGUUUUCUAUGUCACGAAGUUCCCGUCAGUCCUUUGUCUUCGUUUAUUUAUUUAUUUAUUUAUUUAUUUUUCAAGGGAAACCUCAACAACGUCAUCUCAUCUAUGGAUUUUUAUGUUUGAAAUUUUUCAUGUUAAUGUGCCAUAUAUGAGACGUCUUAUUCUGGGUUUUUCUCCUUCCUAUAGAUCUAUUCGGCUGACUCAAUGUCGUACCCAAUUCAAACCUUUUGGGUAUAAAACGUUUUGGUUUAGGAAUUUCCAUAUCAUUUAAAUGUGAAUGCCACAUUAUAACGCAAAUACAAUACACAAAGAACCUUAACCCCGGGAGCUUUUAAUUGGGUACAACAGUCAGGUCUCUUAAGAUCGUGACAACGCUAAAAAUAGGCAGUAAAGAAUGCAGAGUAUGUGCGUUCUAUCUUCCUCGCUUUAAGAUCAACUUGAUAAAGUUUAUAAAUGCUCAAAUCAAUUCUGAUUGUUCUAUUCCUUCAUCACGUUCAUGACCUAAAUUGGUGUAAAAAUAUACAGCAUUCUGUAUAAAGUAGUAAUUGUGACUUAUCGGCCUAGAGUAGCUACCUGCAGAUCUCUCUGCGGAAAAGGGGGAUCACUGUUUACUUGCGUGUUAUAGGGUUGGCAAUAUUUAUGUUAUCUCUGCGGCACGUGACAAUACUAAAAUAUUUGCAUGGUCCACCCUCCUCUUCGUCUUUAGAGAGUCACCCUUAGGUGAAUUCUUUUUCGAUGUUUCUUGGCCUCGAGCCACUCGCCUCCGAGCGUGGUGUUGCUUCUUUUUCAAAAUUUAUGUCCAGCAUUUACAUAACCUUAGAGAAGAGGAAAAACUGCGAAACAGUGGAUAUAUGGCGUGAUCUAACAAUUAUCAAAUUUGAACCCGUACUGAUAAGGGGCCGACCAUUUAACUCUUGAGGGGGUGGGUGAUUUUGAAAAAAAUUUCCUGCAAGCGCUUGUCGGAAGAAAAAAAUUGCAUGCAGCACAAAUGUAAUAGAAAAAAAAUUCUUGCGCUGCUGUAAGAAAGAAAAAAAAAUGUUGCAAAGCUAUUUCAUCAUUCCGGGGGUCUUUAAAAAAUCGCAGCAAAACUGCAACCAUUCUUUUCCCUUGCUCACUUUGAACUCUGGAUUUGAUGAUGCUGCAAAAUUAUUGCGUCAUAUGUGCAAUGCAUUAUUAGCUUAUCACAAGCAGUAUUAUAAAUGGAGGUAAUUUUUUUUAUUAAAGAAUCAAGUUUUUAUAGACAAAGGAAGUUUUUUUUUUUCAUUUUUAACAGAAACAUUUUUAUGUAAUUAUUUUCUAUUUAAAUAAAUAUAAUAUAUUUUUUUAAGUUUUAGUAAUGCACCUAUCGAUGUCUAGCCCCAAUUGGGGGGUACAGGUAUACCCAGGGGCUAUUGACAAUUGAUUUCAAAUAUUUUUGGUCAAUAAAUUUCAAAUUCCACACCCUCUGCCAUUUCAAACCUUAAUUCUUAUUCAAAACAUCCCCUCCCUUGGACAAAGUUCACAGGUCAAAUGCCCCACCUAUUUCCGCACUCCCUCUGUUUGGGCAAGACAUUGAUAGGUGCAUAAAAAGUAGCUGUAUAUUUCAUGAAUAAAAAUUGCGCUGCAAGAUAAAAAUUAACAGCAGCAAUGAACAUGGCUGAAUGCUGCAACUGUAUAGAAGUGGACUGAAAAAAGACUGAGCAAAAAUUAUUAGAGCUAUUUUUCAAUUAGACCAUGAUCAACUAACUUCAAUUUUGCUUUCACAUUGGUUUUGGAUAUUUCAGUCUACUUUUAAAUUGCAACUAAUGAUUCUAGCAGCAAUUACCAUGCUAUGAGCAUUUCUAAACUGCUUUUUGCUAUUUUUGGCUAUUUUUUUUUUAAUUAAGAAACUAAACACUUUCACAUCUGCCUGUGGUGCAUCACUUUAUUUUGACGUAAUAAAAUGAGUGUAAAGAAUGACUUUCUGAAAAGAUAGCUAUACAAUAAUGAUUUUGUAUAGCUUACAACAUUUUAAGGCUUUGCAGCUCCAUAUUAGAACUAUUACUGCAAUGACCAGAAUGUAAGUGUAAAUACAUUUUGUAUAUGUAAACACAUGACCCUUUUUUGAGGAAAAAAAAAUCCUGCAGAGAAAUGAGGAGGGAAAAAAAAUAUCCUGCAGAGCAUUUAGAAGGGAAAAAAAUAUCCUGCCCACCAGAUUGCUAGAAAAAAAAAUUCUUGCCGACCAAAAAUCACCCACCCCCCCCAUCAAGAGUUAAAUGGUCGGCCCCUAAGGAUGAAAGCUUGGUUGGAGAUCGGAUUUCUUAACUUGAAGUUUCUUUCAACAGCUGGCAUUGAAACAAUGGUUAUAUCUGCUAUUCAAAAUAAAAAUAGUUCUAAAGGAAAAAUGUAAAAAACCAUACAGAAAUAAAACCAAGUGCUCAUAAAGCGCACUGAGCUUCUCGUGACUCAGGGAAAGUGCAACAUUAAACUCAACUUGUCACACUAUUCUACCCUUCCACACCUCCGAGAAGUGUGGAACUAAGUAAAGAAUGACAAGGGGUUCUUAAUAGGGGGAAAAGUGCGACAAUAUCCUUACUUUGUCAGACUAUUCCACAGUUCCAGACCUCUGAGAAGUGUGGAACAAGGUGAAGAAUGACAAGGGGUUCAUGACUGGGGGAAAAGCGCGGCAGUAUCCUUAGUUUGUCACACUAUUCCACACUUCCACACCUCUGGGAAGUGUAGAACUAAGUAAAGAAUGACAAGGGGUUCAUGACUGGGGAAAAGUGCGACAAUAUCCUUACUUUGUCAGACUAUUCCACAGUUCCAGACCUCUGAGAAGUGUGGAACAAGGUGAAGAAUGACAAGGGGUUCAUGACUGGGGGAAAAGCGCGGCAGUAUCCUUAGUUUGUCACACUAUUCCACACUUCCACACCUCUGGGAAGUGUAGAACUAAGUAAAGAAUGACAAGGGGUUCAUGACUGGGGAAAAGUGCGACAAUAUCCUUACUUUGUCAGACUUUUCCACACUUCCACACCUCUGAGAAGUGUAGAACUAAGUAAAGAAUGACAAAGGGUUGAUGACUGGGGAAAAGUGUGACAAUAUCCUUACUUUGUCGGACUUUUCCACACUUCCACACCUCUGGGAAGUGUGGAACUAAGUAAAGAAUGACAAAGGGUUCAUGACUGGGGAAAAGUGUGACAAUAUCCUUACUUUGUCGGACUUUUCCACACUUCCACACCUCUGAGAAGUGUAGAACUAAGUAAAGAAUGACAAAGGGUUCAUGACUGGGGGAAAGUGAGACAAUAUCCUUACUUUGUCAGACUUUUCCACACUUCCACACCUCUGGGAAGUGUAGAACUAAGUAAAGAAUGACAAAGGGUUCACGACUGGGGGAAAGUGAGACAAUAUCCUUACUUUGUCAGACUUUUCCACACUUCCACACCUCUGGGAAGUGUAGAACUAAGUAAAGAAUGACAAAGGGUUCACGACUGGGGGAAAGUGAGACAAUAUCCUUACUUUGUCAGACUUUUCCACACUUCCACACCUCUGGGAAGUGUAGAACUAAGUAAAGAAUGACAAAGGGUUCAUGACUGGGGAAAAGUGUGACUAUAUCCUUACUUUGUCGGACUUUUCCACACUUCCACACCUCUGAGAAGUGUGGAACUAAGUAAAGAAUGACAAAGGGUUCAUGACUGGGGGAAAGUGAGACAAUAUCCUUACUUUGUCGGACUUUUCCACACUUCCACACCUCUGAGAAGUGUGGAACUAAGUAAAGAAUGACAAAGGGUUCAUGAGUGGGGGAAAGUGAGACAAUAUCCUUACUUUGUCAGACUUUUCCACGCUUCCACACCUCUGAGAAGUGUGGAACUAAGUAAAGAAUGACAAGGGGUUCUUAACAGGGGGAAAAGUGCGACAAUAUCCUUACUUUGUCAGACUUUUCCACACUUCCACACCUCUGAGAAGUGUAGAACUAAGUAAAGAAUGACAAAGGGUUCAUGACUGGGGGAAAGUGUGACAAUAUCCUUACUUUGUCGGACUAUUCCACACUUCACACCUCUGAGAAGUGUGGAACUAAGUAAGAAGUGAAGAAACUCUGGAUUUCAUGGCCAGGGCUGGACAUGGCUCUAUAGUUGGAGGUAAAUUUACCGUUUUUGCUUUGUUUUAUUUUGUAUUUGAGGGCAAUUUUCCAAGUAAAAGCCCCCCGGGGGCUUAUAUUUUGGAGGGGCGAUUUUACAGAGGGUUUUUUGCGUUACCCGUUUGGGGGGCUUAUAUUUGGAGGGGCUUAUACACGGAGGGGCUUAUUUUCGGAAAUUUUACGGUAUCUUUAAAUCUAUGGUUGACUGAGUACUAUCUGCAAAGGGUGCAUGUAAUACAUUGGCUUGACUGUGGUGUAGGUUGCAUACCAGAUUACAAUCAAAAUUAUAAUAAACAAGAAGGCUAUGCUCUAAGAAAAAAAAUUCGGGGAGCCCAAAACACUAACCCUUUGACAUUCUGGCUGCCCAGCAUAGUAAUUUUGGGCAAAAACUAAGAUUGCCUUCUUGCCGAAAGCAACAGUAAGUCACCAGGGGCCUCUGAGGACUGCUAGAGUACAGCCCUAAUAAACAUAAUACAGACUUUCCUUGUUUCUAUGACACAGAUCCUUUUGCCAAGCAAAGAAAAGUCUAUUUCAAAGAUGACAAAAUUCCAUUUGAUGGAGUACCAUUCAGUAUAAUUGGCACCAAGGUAUUUGACUGCCAACAUGGACCAGACAGGAAAAAGUCAUUUAAAGCGAGACAUUCUGAAGAGAAGGUAUGUUGGUUAUGACUAAAAAAUAUCUGCAUUUUUAUUUCACAGCCACAGCCUUUUUGGUGCUUCUAGCACUAAACUGUAAGGAAUCUAUAAUAUUAAUCUUCUAGCUACAGGUUGAUGAUCACUCAUUCAAAAGGAGGAGGUUUCUACCUCAAGACACAAUGAAGUUUGGCUGCCCUGCAAGUAUUCGUUUAUCAGAAGUCAUAAAGUAUUGCAAUUACAAGGUACAAAACCACCAUCACAAUAGUGAUAAUAGCAAUUGACAUUAUACUUCUGCUCAGUAAAAUACAUCCCUUCAUUUCAUAUCUUAUUACUGUCUUUUAACUCUAUUAGAUCAGGGAUGACACAGAAAGACUAAGAAGGGACAUGUCCAAAAAGCUGAAGACUAAUAUAACCAGCGGACAGAAACCCCAAGUGGAACGCAGAAUUUAUAUCCAAUUACCAAAGGAAGAUGAACACAAAGAUCACAUCACUGGAGAGGUCUGUAGAUGUCAAUGGAAAGAACUGGGACACUACCUUAACUUGAGAACAAUAAUAUUAACUUCUGUUUUUGGCUCUUUUUGUUUGAGUAAUAGUUGAAGGCUUAGGGAAAAACACUUUGAAUGGGUGGGACAAGAGUUGAGUCAUUUUCAUAUAAACCUUCUAGUUUUUCAUGUAUAAAUCAUUAUGGUAAUUAUAGUUUCGGACAGGUAUUACUUUCCUAUGAAAAGGCAAGAAGGCAUGUGAAAGAAAGUCAAGUCAGUCCUUCCACUCAAAGGCUAGGUCACAAAGUACAACAGGUGUAUGGGUGGCUACAUGCUAUGUAGUGUUAACAAUCAUAGCCUAGGUCUGUAAAUGAAGUAAUGAUCAUGAAAAAAGGUCCAAGUAGUGUCUAGGACUUGUUACUUGUUGUUGCUAUUCUAUCCAAAUAAUUUGUUUUUUGAAUGUUGUUGUUGACAGAAGUGACAUUUCAUUCAUUACAUGUAAGUGUACAUUGUACCAGCAGUGCCUACAACUAUCAGCAUGGCUGUCAAAAUAUUUCUGUCAAAAAUGUAAUUCCAUUUUCAUUUUUCUCCUCAUGUAUCAAACAACCAGAUUGGUGGCAUUCUGCAGCCCAUCGACAAACGGCUUGUAGACAAGAUUGGAGAGCUUGUUGGCGAAGGUGUGAAAACUGUGGACAAAAUGAAAAGACAUCUUAGGCAAUUCGUAAAAACUGAACUAUUUCCAGGGCAAUCUCCACCAGCAUCAACAAACAGGCGCUAUUAUCCAACAGAUGUGGACAUCAGGAACCACAUGUAUCAGGCAUCAGUAAAAAAAAUCCUGUCCAAAUCUGAUCCGGAAAACUUUGAAAAGAAAAUUGAAAAUUGGUGUCAGGAGAAUGCCCUAUCAGCCUCAUCAACAGCUUCUGAAAGCAUGAACAAUGAGGAAACAGAUAAAAAUUGUGUGUGA